AUGGGCAAGAUCAUCUUCUACGAAGGCCGCAACUACCAGGGCCGAUCCUGGGAAUGCAGUGGUGAUUGCUCGGACACCUUCAGCCACUUCACCUGCUGCAACUCCAUGCGUGUGAUGGGGGGCCACUGGGUGGCCUAUGAGAAGCCCAACUUCAUGGGCUACCAGUACAUGCUCAACAAGGGAGAGUACCCCGAGUUCAGCCACUGGAUGGGCUUCAACAACUGCAUCCGCUCCUGCCAGAUGAUCUCUCCCUACAGGGGAGCCUAUCGCAUGAGGAUCUACAACCGCCCCAACCUGUCUGGUAACAUGAUGGAGUUCAUGGAGGACUGCCCCAACGCCUACCACCAGCUCCGGGCCCCCGAGACAUCUACUGCCCCACGACUCAGGGGCUACGAAGUUCUUUACGAGCACCCCAACUACAGGGGGCGCCAGUUCUUCCUGCGCCCCGGCGAGUACAGAGGCUGCAUGGAAUGGGGCUGCUACAACCCCAUGGUGGGCUCCUUCAGACGCAUGAGACCCAGCAUCAUGUGAGGAGAACACACACACACACACACACACGCUCACGCUCCUUCAGACGCAUGAGACCCAGCAUCAUGUGAGGAGAA